ACCCCACCCACCGCUCCAGUGGCGCCAACCGGCUGAGGCUGACGCCCACACGAGAGAAGCGGAGUCGCGGGGAUCGUGUGUCGUUUUCCCGGCCAAUUCAAUUCAAACUCUGCCGACAUGUCCGACGACGAGCAGGAGCAGACCGUCGCCGACGACCUGGUGGUCACCAAGUACAAGAUGGGGGGCGACAUUGCCAACCAGGCGCUGCGUCUUGUGGUGGAAGCCGCCAAGCCCGGUGUGUCGGUGCUGAGCCUCUGCGACACAGGCGACGCCUUCAUCAUGGCGGAAACGGGAAAGGUCUUCAAGAGGGAGAAGGAAAUAAAGAAAGGCAUUGCCUUUCCCACCAGCGUCUCGGUCAACAACUGUGUAUGCCACUUCUCCCCGCUGAAGAGUGACCCCGACUACACGCUCAAAAACGGAGAUCUGCUGAAAAUUGACCUCGGCGUUCACGUCGACGGCUUCAUUGCCAAUGUUGCACACAGCUUUGUGGUGGGAGCCACUAAGGAGAACCCCAUCACGGGCCGCAAAGCCGACGUCAUCAAAGCAGCCCAUCAGUGUGCGGAAGCUGCCCUUCGCCUUGUCAAACCUGGAGGCCAGAACACGCAGGUGACGGAGGCCUGGAAUAAGAUCUCCCAGUCAUUCAAAUGCACACCUAUCGAGGGUAUGCUGUCUCAUCAGCUCAAGCAGCACGUUAUCGAUGGGGAGAAGACCAUUAUUCAGAACCCAACAGACCAGCAGAGGAAAGACCACGAGAAGGCGGAGUUUGAGGUACACGAAGUUUACGCGGUGGACGUCUUGGUCAGCACAGGCGAAGGAAAGGCCAGAGAUGGAGGUUUGAGGACCACCAUUUAUAAGAGGGACUCUAGUAAGCAGUACGGCCUGAAGAUGAAGACUUCCCGUACGUUCUUCAGUGAGGUCGAGCGGCGCUUUGACGUCAUGCCCUUUACUCUCAGGGCGUUUGAAGACGAGGCGAAAGCCCGGCUGGGAGUGGUGGAAUGUGCCAAGCACGAGUUGCUGCAGCCCUUCAGUGUCCUGCACGAGAAAGAAGGGGAGUUUGUAGCUCAGUUUAAGUUCACCGUGCUGCUGAUGCCCAACGGCCCUCACAGAAUCACCAACGGCCCCUUUGAGCCAGAGUUGUACAAGUCGGAGCAUGAGGUCCAGGACCCAGAGCUAAAGACUUUACUACAGAGCUCUGCUAGCCGGAAAGCACAAAAGAAGAAGAAAAAGAAGGCCACAAAGACGGCAGAAACGGCAGCAGGACAGCCAAGCCAGGAAACGGAAGCGGCGCAAUAAAGACGGCCUUCACAGUUCACAGCCAUGCCAGAAGACCCUAAAGAGAAGCAGCUGUCCUCCAGUCUUUCUGAAGAACGGAUUUCACCAUUAUUCUUGGGACAAAAGAGCCCCAGGGAGGGAAGAAAGUGAAUAUUUAAUAACAGACAUGUUUAAUUACUCAACCCUUUACUGCAUUAACUGAAAAGUCAUGUCAAUAUUAUAUUGGUCAUUAGUUGAGGAACACAAUUUGCAUUUUUGACUUCCAGUUAUGAUGAAAUGAAUUGUUGGUGAUGUUUUCAGGGGCUGUACGUUCUCCAUUGCAUUUUGGCAGCAAAGUCUUUUUGUGUAUGUAAAUCUCUGCUACUACUGAUGAACUUGCCGGAAAAGGGUUACAUGUGGAAAACAGAUUAAUAAUAUACGCAUAGUUGCGCAACUUUAGAAGGUUCGUAGUGUCUGACAACCUGAGCGUCAUCUAUGUUUUUGGAAAUAAUAUUUGUUAAGGGAACAAAUGCUAAAUUUACUGCCGUGACCUUCAUGACGAGAGAAGCGGAAAAGGUGCUGAUGCUUCUGAAGUGAUCAUCUCUAAAGUUUUAUUUUGUAGCUCAGUUCGUGGGCAAAAACUACUUUUCAAAUGACAAACCUUUUCAUACUUAUUUGUUUUCAAUAAAGGCACUUUUAAUGCCUAACAUUUA